AUGGAAUGCAAUCAAUUUUACUACUCCGGUGACUCAAAUAUAGAUGAAUUAUAUUCCGUCAUGGAUCCUGCUCUCAACAUUCGAACUGAAAUGUUGAAACAGUAUGGACAAAAGGAUCUAUCUAGAUUGGGAAUUUUAAUAAGAGGGCCCGAUCUCAUCCUUCAGAAACUGUAUCCACUACAAAUAGAAUCAUGUUCGUAUUACUCGCAGCUAGUGGAAAUUCUUGGUGUUUCUAUGGUUCGAAUGGAAUGUGAUAAUACCAGUAAACAAAUCAUAAUUCAUUCGGUGGCUUGCGAACGAGAAUUUUGUAAACGUUGCAGAAGGAACGUUAGACCUAAAGAAGAGAAAUACUGCGAUCGAUGCUCAAAAUCGAUAACUGAAAAUGAAUUACUCCAGAAAAUGGAUGUUGGGGAUAAUUUUGCAAAAUUUUCAUUAAUUUUAUGA